GCCACUGGAAAACUUCUUUACCAAUCUCACUUUAGAUUAGACUGAUACAGGCCACGGCCCACGUGUAAAGAAUUAUAUUAUAGUACAUAAAUGCUCAUAUGUUGAUGGUUAUUGAUAAUUGAAUGGCAGAUUUGCAUAUGGAUACUAAACAGAAAAUUUCAACCUGGGCACUAGAGUAUGCCUGUAAAUUUAAAUUCCAUAACGUAAUUUCUGCUGUAUCCCAGAAUGCAUCAGACAUUGAGGAUUGGAACGUUUCAAGGUUAUAUUUAGUAACAAGUGGUUUACACUGCAUCGUGACCUCAGCAGAUUAUGACAGUUAUCCUCAAGCCAUUCAGUUCUUAGAAUAUUUAUAUGAGAAUUGUAAAGAGUUCAUCCCAUUCAGAGCAUACUCCAAGUUAGUCACUGGGAUUAAAAUGAUGGUAUUACUGAAAAUGUUGGAACAUAACAAAGAUGGUGUUCUUGUUAAACUAAAUGAAUAUUUUCCAAGGUCAGGGGCAGACUACCCAGGUGCUGAUAAAAAGGAAUUAAAACGUCUGUCCUCUGUAUACAGUAACUUCAGAAAGUUUUACUUGCCAUUAGCAGCAGAUAAGAAACUCUGUACAGCCUAUUUUGUAGAGGAAUUUCAGGAAGAAUAUGGCCCAGAAUUCCAUGCUGCACUCAAAAGACUCACAGAAAACUUCCUGUCUAAAAUUGAAAGCCAUCUCCCAAUAACAGUGCUUGAAAAAUUGAUGCAGUGUAGUGAAGAUAAGUGUUAUGAACUUCAUCAAGAUUCGUCAUCAGCAGCUUUUGAAAUCUUCCUUGAUGUUAUAAUGACCAAAUCAAAACUAAGUGAAUCUGAUUUGAUACAUAUGUUGACCAUGCUUGGGAUCAUCACAGACUGUGACAGGGUACAGCCUCUUGAUCAUUACGGCUUAGGUACCUCAUCUGAGAGGACUGACAGUAGGAAAUACAUGGAUGGAAGCAAAUCUUUAUUUUCCUCAAGUUCAAAUAAUGACAAAAACAGUAUUAAAAGAAAAGGAGAAAUAUUAUCAGGGAAAUCAGGCUCCAGUUUGUCAGACGAUGUGUUUAAUAGUCACUCUGCAUAUGAGAAAAACACAAUUUUCAAUAGGAAUAAUAGUAACAGUAGUGUAUAUAAUAGUCAUGAAACAUAUAGAUAUAAAAAUAGAUUUGAUGCAAUAGCAGGUCAUAGUAAAAACUAUUUAAUUGCAAACAGAAAUAGUAAUGAAAUUCCAAUGACUGAUGAUUUUAUGGAGUCUGAAUUUGAUAGAAAUUGUAAAUUAUCUUCUUGUGUACAUAAGCAUGAUAAGCAUGUUAAACAGUUAGCGGAACAAAAGUGUGAUAUUUGUAAAGAAAUAGACAAGGCUACUGGCAAAGCAAGUAUUUGGGGACAAAAAAUUGUUGAUAUUGAAUUUGUAGGUAUAAAACCAAUACAACUGAGUCCAACUUCUUCAAAAUGUCAUACAAAAUUACCUCCAAAGACAAAAAAUAUGAGAUCUAUAAAACUUCAAAUGCCAUCAUUAAGACUCAGGGGAAAACCAAAAAAUAAAAAUUUAACAGGAGAUGUAAAAAGCCAGAAUAUCAAGAUGAAAAAUUCAAAUAUUUUGGAGGAUAUAUCUGGUGAGAUAGACAGGCAGACUUUUGUGGCACAGUAUUUGGACAAUCUUGAACUUCCUCCAGAAAUAGAUAAUCUUGAACACUCUACAAAAGAAAAUAAAUUUAAAAAUGAUCAUUCAGACUCUCUGGAAUCUUCGAACUUUCAACUUACUCAGGAGCCAACACAGUCUGAAGUUAGUGAUGGUGGACCUAGACUGUUCAUGCAGGAACCAACUCAGGUGCAGUACAUCUCUAGCAGCAGUGAGGAAAAGACACAGAAUGGUACAGUUAUGGAAACUACUGAAUCUGAAAACAUUGAGAUUUUUACCUGUGAGUCCACACCUUGUCCAAGAUCUCCAUCUAAUAUAGAUAUUAUUGACAGUAUGUCUGAUGCUAGUUUUGAUGAUGAGGUAUUGGUCCCUACCUCGGACAUCGAUGAAAUUGAUUUAGAUGACAUUUAUAAUUUUGAGGAGGACAGACUUUCACCUGCAAGUAAAGACCUAGCCGUACCAGAAAUCACUUCUCACGCCAGACACCCUGACAUUAAACUCUGCAUUAUAAAGCUGUAUAGAAAGAAGGUUCUUGAUGUCAAACACAAAGAUAAAAGAAAAAAGAAAGUGUUCCAUGUUUACUCCUAAUACUAUUCAUCAUUCUUAACACGAAAACUAAAUGAUACACUGUGGUAGAAGAUGAAACAAUUACAUAUACAGGUCUCACGUCAACCCAUAUACUGGACUCACAUCAACCAAUCUAUAUAGUACUUCAUACCUGCCAUAUGUGCAUAUUGAGAUACAAAAUCCUCUGUGAAUUGAUUGAAUGAUCAAGAUUAAAGGUUGCAAAUUGUCACAGAAACAAGUUUUACUUACUAUGGACCUGUGAUUUAUUUCUGUUAAGGAUUUGAAGCAACUUAAAGCUGACAGAGGGUAACCAGUAUAGCUGAGGAUAAAUUAUGUUCAUAUUGUUACAUCACUGAUAAAAAGACAAUACAAUACAUUUUGCAUGGGAGAGAUAAAAUAUGUUCAUAUUGUCACAAUAAAUUUUGCAUGGGAGAGAUUUGACAGUUUUAAUUGAAAAUGUCAUUCCUAGUCAUUAUAUUGACAUUUUGCAUUGUUGUUUAUUUUUUUACAUCAUUGUUUUAUUUGUUUUUCAUACUCUAUUUUGAUUCAGUUUUAUUCUAAGUAGAUCUCUUCAUCAUACAUAUGAUCUCAUUUAUACAGUACAAAUGUUGAUAUACUUAUGUCGGUAAACAGAAUUUAUAGUCGGUAAUUAUUUUAUACUGUGGAUUCAUUAUUAAGUUGGAUUUCAAUUUUCAUUGGUUUUGUGGGUACAGGUAAACCAGGAAUUUAAAUGGUCAUUAAAUUGAUAAAUAUUAUUUA